GAUAGUGGCAUGCUUAACCCAACAAGCUACCAGGACACAAGAAUUCAGAACCAAGAGACAUCUGAAUCCUCAAGAGUUUAUGACUGUUACAGGAACCCACCCACCCCAUCCUGAAUUUAUGCACCUCUUUGGCUGAGAAAGCCUUGACAUUAGACCAGAAAAUACUUCAAUGAAGGCUUGGCUUCAUUCCUGUGAGUAAGAUUACCACCUUUUUGCUGGAUUUUGCAUCUGUAUCUUUAACAGAGUUUUGAUCUAAAGCAAUAAUGGUGAUUCAUGACUAAGAGUGAAGUCAUCCAAUAUUGGAGGUACCCCAGCGAAGAAUAUGAAGUGCUGACCAAGGAUGGUUAUUACUUGCAAAUAAACAGAAUUCCUCAUGGAAUUCACAGCCUUGAGAAGAAAGGGACUAAGCCACCUGUGUUACUGGUACAUGGUUUGCCAGGUGAGGGCAGGAUGUGGAUUGCAAAUCUUCCCAACAAUAGCCUGGGAUUUUUUCUAGCAGAUGCUGGAUAUGAUGUCUGGAUACUAAAUACCAGAGGAUCAUCCUGGUCUAGAAGACACCAAAACCUUUCAAUUUACCAGGAAGAAUUUUGGGAUUUCAGUUUCCAUGAAAUAGGAGUUUAUGAUAUUCCAGCAGCAAUAAACUUUAUCCUACAGAAAACUGAGCGAGAAGGAUUAUAUUAUAUUGGCCAUUCCCAAGGUGGUACAGUAGGAUUUAUUGCCUUUUCUACCAUGCCAGAGCUUGCUCAAAAAGCCAAGCUCUUCAUUGCCCUCAAUCCUGGCUACACCAUUGUGAAUGGUAGGGGGCUUAGUUAUCUCCUCAUAAUACUGCCUGACUCAUUUAGAAGAAUUAUAUGGGGCAACAAAGAAUAUGGUCUUUUUAAUAACCAGAUGAAAGUAAUUGUUGCUAAGCUGUGUAGCUAUGCAGUAAUAGACAGGCUUUGUCUCCAAUAUUUUUUUCUUUGUUUUGGAUUUAAUAAGAAAAAUAUGAAUGCGAGUCGAGCAGAUGUGUAUAUUGGAAUCUAUCCUGAUUUUACUUCUGUAAAAACAAUGACUCAUUGGGAACAGGUAUCUAAGUCAAAUGAAUUUAGGUAUUUUGACUAUGGGAAUGAGAACAAAGCUAUAUACAACACGACUACUCCUCCAUUUUAUAAAAUAGAAGACAUGAUUGUGCCAACUGCUGUAUGGUCUGCUGGGAAAGACAUUCUUGUAACCACAACAGAUAUAGAACUGUUGCUCCCUCGAAUCAGAAACUUAGUUUUCUAUAAGAAUAUUCCUGACUGGCAACAUGUGGACAGUAUCUGGGGCAUUGAUGCUCCAAUGCGCCUAUACCCAGAUAUGCUUUAUUUGAUGCAGGAGUACAAUUGAAGUCUCAAUAUGAAGGGUAAACAGUGUAUGUUCUACACUAAAGUGUAAAAUUGGUUUUAAUUUUCUUCUACAUAUAGCAUCUUUAGCUUGUUUUUCUAAUUCCUUCCUUAAGCAGUUUUUAUUUUAGUAGAUAUUACACACCACUCAUAGUUGCACAGACAUAAAGGACAGAAUGAUUAACUGCUUGUGCAUUGCAAAAGGGAUCUUCUCUUUUCUGGUUUUCUUUGCUAAACUUCAGUGGGUGGACCUGAGUUCCUUAGUUUUAUUUUAAAUUUGGUUCUGCUUCCUAGCCAUCCUUUUUUGCUGGGUGUGUGUUGGGGAGCUGUAAUUGGGCUAGAGGGGGGCUGCUUGCUGGGGGGUUCUGGUUUUCUUUGCUGAGCUUCAGUGGGUGGGCCUGAGUUCUGAGUACACAUGCUUGUGAAAAGGCUGCAGCAGGGCAUAGCUGCCAAGCUAAAGCCUCACAUGGAGAAGGAGUCAUACAUGUUGGUGACCAUGUACAACCAUUGCAUUAAGGGCACUUUUGCCGAGCAGGAUGGGAACCUCACAAGCACCAGAGAUGCCCUCUGUCUGCGGGUGAGGUGUAGACAGGCCAAGAGAGGCUGCCUGCCAUUAGAGGAUGUGGGCGAGGGGCCAAGCCCUGCGAGUCCCUUUCGCACCCUUUCUGAGCAGGCUCCCCCCUGUGGCCACCGCUGGGAUGUCCAUGGAGAUGGAGAUGCUCCGGUGGGCCCUCAGCCCCUCUGGGAUUGUGAGUCAUGUGAGACAGGAUGCGGCGGAAGCAAUGGUCAGGGACUACCUUGUGGAGCCCUGCAAGUAGCUGUACACCGAUCCACUGAGCUACUAGUCCAAGAAGGAGGUGGUCUGGCCAGACCUCUCCCUCAAGGUGCAGUAGUUCCUCUCAUGCCCUCUGACGAGCAUGGAGAGCAAGCGCGUCUUUUCUUAUGUGGGUGACAUUGUCAGUUCACAUUGCACUUGCCUUCUCCCAUGGAGAGUUGAGCAGUUGGUUUUCCUGAAGGUCAACAUGCAGCUCUUUAAUUUCUCAGGAGUGUAUUUCCAGAGUGACUGAGGUGAGCCCUCCUUGUGGCCUGUAUCCUCUGCGAGUCCAUGACCUGGGGAAUAGCGCUCUUCCCAUCAUUUAAAUUAGUUAGAGCACCAGCAGAAGGAGGGUGGAACUCAGUGGCAGAAGGGAUGCACCCUGCAAUUUAGCCAGUCCCCCCAACCACACACAAAUACAGAUUGCAUCAGCACUGGCCCAGUCCCUGUGGGUACAAAUUUGUGAAUACAAAUUUGUAAAUGUGAAUAGAGGCCCCAGAAAUGUAGACUGCCACUGGAAUGGUAAGACAGGGAGAGACGCAUUAGGUUAGGUAAACUGUAGAAGGACACAAAAACCCAGAGAAGCAGCCCCAAAAUAAGCUGUGCAUGUUGUUGUUUACUGUUGUUAAAUGUUGUUUAAAUAAAAUUUUUAAAAAUUA